UCUGUGGAGGUAAAAUGCAUUGCUAUCGUCAAUGAUUGUGUUUCAGUCCUUGAGGCUUGUGCUGUUGAUGAAGUUGAUUGUGCUGCUUCCUUCGUCUUAAGUGAGUUUUGUGCCGCCCCUUUAAGUUGGUUCAUGCGCAUUACAGAUGCAGGUGUGAAUGCUGCCUAUCAGGAAAAAAUUUCCAACAUUCGACGCGAUGAAACGUUCGAUGAAGAUGCCAAAAGUGUUCUGAUAAACAUGGAGCUUGGUGGUUUUGGAGAUGGAGGCUGUUUGAAGAGAUUCAUAACGGAGUUCGAUAAAAGACUUGAUCGUAUCUCAACAGCACCCGGUUUACACACGUUCGAGAAAUUCGUCAGCGGCGAAAACCUGGGCGAGCUGGUUCGGCAGAUUUUAAAGUUACUCACAGAAAGGGGCCAACUCUUUGGCGGAGUGUGGCCAGCGUCCCUACGAGACCUCAGGAGCUUUCCAGCAAGCUUCCUCUGUGAAAUCGAUCGUGAUCCACCGCAUCUCUUCUAUAGCACGGAGUUUCUAUUGCGAGAGGAUUUGAAAAUUUACAAUUUAACGCCCGAGGACAUUCACAUUGUCCGAUACGUUUGUAGCGCUGUCACGUACCGCUCUGCUUGCCUCUCAGCUGCUGCCGCAGUGACAAUUUUGAAGCGUCUGAAUCAACUGCGCGUGACGCUGGCUGUGGACGGAUACAUGUUCCGGAAGCACCCCACAUUCUACAAACAAAUGCUCACAAUGAUGGCAGAUCUGAUGCCCAAGCACAUGACUUUCCGCAUUAAAUUGCCAGAGGAAGGCUAUUCAGUUGGAAGUGGUGCAAUUGUCGCUCUUUACAAAGACCUCGUCAAUUGA